AUGUCCACCGCGCCCGCCACUCAGCUCCCGGGUUCGUCUGGGAGGCGACACUUUCUGUCGAGCGCAAGGAAAUUAGAGUCAGUCGAGGCUGUUCGCAGUGAUAACGAGUCUGAGCAGCAACCGACCGAGACAAACAAGCCCCCCAGUGUUCCGAUCGAUACCAAUCUCCUCCUCCGGUCCCAAUUCGAAUUGCAUGGAGACAUUCGAGAAUACUUACGGAGAUGGCAAGAUACAAACCCAAAUGAUUUGGACCCUGUGCGCCAUUCGGGCUCCAAACGGCCGUUGGAGCUACCGGGUAAAUCCGUUGGCUCGAUGCCUAAUGGGCGCGAUUCGCUCGAUGCAUGGGGUGACCCGAAUAGGCUGAAUCAAGACGCUAUGAACAAAGAUGAGUUUGAAGGUGAACAUCUCGAGCAGGGCGAUUUAGUUGCCCGAUUGAAUGCAGACGGGGUGUUCAACUACGGAAUCUACGUGCGCUCUCUUCAUAAACAAAAGCAAUUCUACAAUGCCAAUGGAAACUGGCGUAUUUGCUCUAACUCAGAGCUCGACUAUGUUAUUAAGGGGUUUGCACCCACGGAACUCGUUGAGCCUUUGAUCCCAUGGUUCCCAGAUGGUGAGGCUAUCGCGAACACGGAUCUGCAGCUAACCCCAGAGGGAGGCCUUCCGAGACCAUUGGGUGCUCCUCUUUUGAUGAUGUUGGGUAACUUCAAGACCCAUAUUUUGAAAUUCUACAGAGAGAAUUCUCAGAUAUUGGACAAUCUCCAUGAUAAGGUGGCAGAUGAUGCUGAGGUUAUCUGUCUGAGCCUCGAAGACCUAACGAUGACUGCUCUUGGCAUCGAAGAAUCCGAGCUGACCAGUGUCAAUAUGUUUGCUGUUCAUCAGGCUGUUCGACAGCAUCCUUUCCUCAUUGAAAAGGACUCCAGCUCCUUGUUCAGCCGGAUGUAUAUUGUGCAGCCAAAACGCAUCGCCAACAUUGUGAAACAGGUGAUUGAUUGGACCCAUGAGCACCAACAACAUUGUGUUCGUGCUAUCAUGCGCAAAGACACGCCUGGGUCCAAAGACCACCCUAUGCAUCAAUUCAUAACCAAGGCACAGCGGUUGAUUCGCCUUAGCAGAAAGGUUCGCUCUCCAACCAUCAUGUCCAGCGUAGGACCAUCGUCCCAGAGGUUCUUGCCUGGUCAAGAUGGGAAGCCGUUGGUGUUCCGUGAAAUUGCCACUGAGAAUUUCAAUUCAAAUGACCAGAUAAUUCUGGAAUAUCUGCAGCUCUUCUCGGUCCCUGCCGUGGUCAUGCCAUCUGGCACGUUGAGGUCAACUGCAACACAUAUUAUGCGUGCCACAGGGAUGUACAAUACCCUCGGUCUAAGUGAGGCUUCAACACGUCUCUUGUUACAAGAGCUAGGAGUCAUAGCUCCUUGGGAGAACCUUUACCCCCUUGAUCAAUAUCUGAUGCUUCCUGGACAUGGCAUAUCUCUCCUGAAAGACAUGGAGCUGGAAGAGAUUGAAGCAAACUGCAGGAAUCUCACCGCUGAUAAAUUACAAGAUUCCAUGGAACACCUGAGAAAGGAUUGGGGAGAUCUCCCAGUAUACUGUGUGGAUGAUGUGACGGCACAAGAAAUCGAUGAUGGUGUAUCGCUGGAAGCCAUCCCGGGAUCUCGUGAUACAUUCUGGAUCCACGUUCACGUUGCCAACCCGACGGCCUUUAUCCGGCAUGACGAUCCCAUCAUUCAAUAUGCAGCCUCACGACUUUUCACGACUUACAUCCCAGAACGAACCUAUCCCAUGCUUCCCAAGGCUCUCACUGAGCCACACUUCAGUUUGGCGGCUGGUCGGCCUGUAUUGACAUUCAGUGCGAAGAUCAAUCUGCGUGGACAAAUCCUAGACAGUAAAGUCCAAAAUGGCAGGAUUCACAACGUGGUCAACCUCACCCACAAAACACUGCGCGAGUUCUUCGAUCCAGAUUCUGACCCAGAUUCCGAAGACACCAUGGAAUCCUUGACAAUAGGUGGCAAUUUCACCGAGCCAUCAAUCCCAGAAGGUAAAAAAAUUCAACCAAACCUGAGGCCCGAGGACAAAGAUCGAUUCCACAUCAUGCGACAACUCAUGCUGGGAUUCCGUAACGCACGCAGAAAGAACGGCGCUAUGGACCUCACCCCUCUUAGUCCAGACCUGUCUGUCUCAGUUCAAACAGGCAACGCUCCGAUGGCACCGUACGAGUUACAAGCUACAAACGGACGCUACUACCUUGGUGACCCAAUUAUUCGCCUUGACAUGCGUUCCUACGAUCCAUACGAAGUUCGUGACGAAUCUCGGGACAACUUGAUUUCCCUGAUCAUGAAUUUGGCCGGUCACAUCUCCGGCCAAUUCUGCGCUGCGCGUAACAUUCCCGCUGUCUACGACGGCACUUGGUAUGAUCCGGAGUAUGGACGUGUUACCAGCAAGAAUCUGGCCGACUUUGGUGGCGAGGGUUUCUAUGAGCUCAGCGCGCCGCUGGCCUAUUCUUCCUCGGCCCCCAACAAGCACCACACACUGGGCUUGGAUACGUAUAUCAAGAGUACCAGUCCAUUGCGCCGAUACACCGACGUGAUUGCGCAUUAUCAGAUCGAGGCGGCAUUGCGUUUCGAGCAUGAGCAUGGCCGACAGUUCGAUGCUCUAAUUGACAGCCCCGAUUCCGCGGAGGCUGAUCUAGCAGAGAAUGAGGUUGCUCUUGCACACACUGAUCCGGCGGAGUCCCAUGAUGAACCCACAAAUGAUGAGAUCACGCCCGCCUCCGCCUCUCUCCUCCCCUUCUCUAAAAACGACAUUGAUGCCCACCUCGACUACGCCCGACCCCUCCGCACCCGUCUCAGACAACUCGACAAUUACUCGAAUCAACACUGGGCGUGCAUGCUUCUCUUCCGCGCAUUCUACUUCUCCGAAUGCAAGCUCCCCGCCGCAUUCCCUUGUCUGCUACGCACCCCGCGCGUCAAGCCUCGACACCUGGAUGAUGAGUAUUCCGGUGUCAUGGCCAAUCUUGGCGUGGACUGCUCGGUGACUAUUCCCGAGGAUUUCGCAGACAAAGAUAAGUUGGGCAUCUUCUGUCUGGUCGAAGCUCGUAUCACAGCUGUCGAUAUGGCAACUCUCCGGGUCACGAUGGAGGCGACUCGGUUUGUCAAGCCGUUCGAGCGAACAGGCGAGUGGGCUUGA